UGCCCGCCCUCUCCUUCCAUAUUCCUCCUUCCUUCCCUCUCUCUGUUUCAAGAAAUUUCCAAAAUGGCAAAGCGUGUAGAGAAGAAAAAAUCCCCAUUUUCAGCUGGCCAAAUGGAGGCCUUGACUGCUCUCUGCGACACCUUCUUACCCUCCAUACCUCUCGAUGAUAUUCACGAUGAUUCCGUCACUCAAUUCUUCCAAACAUCAGCCACCCUCUCUUCAACUCACCAAAAUGUGGCUGUGUUGAUGGGUGAGAAGAUCAAACACCCCAAGGUUUAUCUCUGCAAAAUUGCGCUGUGGUUGCUGUCAACAUGGAUUGGAACUUUUAUAUUGUGUGGGAGGAAAAGCUUAUCUCCUCAUUUCCCUUAUUUCAAGAGGUUUUCACUCCUUUCUUGUGAAAACAGAGAGAGCAUUGUGCUGUCAUGGUCUCAGAGCAACUUGUUUCUCUUGAGACUCCUCUACACUGCCUCCAAAAUCUUCAUCCUCCUCCUCUUCUUCUCUCAGGUGAAUGAGAAAGAGGAGAAUGUUUCUUGGAAAGCAAUAGGCUAUAGCCGGCCGGAUUUCGCAGCCACGGAGCACGAGAAAGGCAACGACGAGAGGGAGAGGUCGAAGCUUGAGCCGCCCUUAAGCCGGGGUGUCGUUGAUCUGGGCCGGUCCAAGGAGGCGGCGGUUCACACUCUGCGAAAAUCGGGCUUCGUAGUGUCAAGCAUGAGCCCAUCGCUCGUUAUCAGGUGCGACGUGGUGGUGGUUGGCUCGGGCGCAGGAGGGGGAGUCGUGGCCGGAGUUCUUGCGAAAGCGGGCUACAAGGUGCUUGUGCUAGAAAAAGGGAACUAUGUGCCGAGAAAUGAAUUCUCACUUCUUGAAGGGGAAGCCAUGGAUGAAAUGUACCUAAGCCAUGGGGUGUUGGCGACCGAGAACAUGGACGUUCUCAUCCUCGCUGGCUCGACCGUGGGCGGUGGCACGACGAUAAACUGGUCGGCCGCGAUCCGGACCCCACUGCAUGUUCGAAAAGAGUGGAGUGAGAACCAUGGGCUAGAGCUCUUUAGUAGCAAGGUUUAUGAGAGGGCAUUGGAUGUAGUGAGUGAGAGAAUAGGAGUUCAAUCAGAAUUUGAUGAGGAAGGGUUCAACAACAUGGUGUUGAGAAAAGGGUGCAACAACUUAGGCUACAACGUGGAGACCAUCCCCCGAAACUCGGCGCCCGACCACAACUGCGGCUCGUGCUGCCUCGGCUGCCGGGACGGCAAGAAGAAGGGCGUCAACGAGACGUGGCUCGUCGAUCUAAUCGAGUCGGGAAACGGCGCGGUCCUCCCGGGGUGCGAGGCCACGCGGGUCGUGAUCGGGAUCGGACGCGCAUCGGGGGUGGCGUUCAAGUUCGGGUCCGGGGAGACGGCCGUCGUUGAGGCCCGGGCAACGGUCGUCGCCUGCGGCGCGAUAUGCACGCCACCGCUGUUAAAGAGGAGCGGGUUGAGGAAUCCGAGCAUUGGGAGGAACCUCCACCUCCAUCCGGUAGUGAUGGGGUGGGGGUAUUUCCCGGAGGCGGCCUCAUGGCCGCCUUCGGCCAAGAGGAGCCACAAGGGGGCCAUCAUGACAGCAAUGACAAAAUUCGUUAUUGCUGAUUAUGAUGGCAUGGCAGGGCCGGGGCCAGGGUAUGAGGUGCUCAUACAGACCCCGGCCCUGCACCCGGGAAUGUUCUCUGCCCUCACGCCUUGGCGUUCAGGGGAGGACAUCAAGGCGAGGCUAGUGAAGUUUUCGCGAACGGUCCAUAUAUUCGCGCUAGCGAGGGACCGGGGGUCGGGAGAGGUGAAGUCUCCCGACCACAUAAGGUACGAGAUGGAGGGCGGGGACGAGGAGAAUCUGCGGCGGGGGCUGGGGAGGGUGCUGAGGAUACUGGUGGCGGCGGGGGCGGAGGAGGUGGGGACGCAGAACAGGAGGGGGAGGGUGCUGAGGGCGGCGGAGGCGGGAGGGGAGGAGGUGGAGAGGUUCGUGGAGGAGGAGAGCGGGAGGGCGCUGGGGAGGCUGGAGAGCCCGGUGUGCUCGGCGCAUCAGAUGGGGAGCUGCAGGAUGGGGGUGGACCCCAGGGUCUCGGCGGUGGGGCCCACGGGGAUGACGUGGGAGGUGGAGGCCCUCUACGUGGCGGACUCGAGCGUGUUCCCCACCGCCCUGGGGGUGAAUCCCAUGCUCACGGUGCAGGCCAUUGCUUACUGCACCGCGCAAUCGAUUCUUCAAGCUCUUGCAUGAACUAGAUUCUGUUUUUUUUCCUUUUCAAAUUUAUGAUUUUACGUAUUUGUUUAUUUCUGUAUUUAAAUUGUAUUUGAAUUUAAUUAAGGAUGUCGUUUUGUAUUUGAAUUUAAUUAAGGAUGUCGUUUUAUACUCGACUAAGCUAUUUUGGAAAUAGUAAAUAUUGGAGUACUACAAAAAGUUUGGUAUA